AUGCCGAGGAGAUACCGGCCCUUUCUGGGCUCUCGAAGUCGAGACCGAUUCGUGGCUCUCGUCGUAUUGGUGAUUCUGUUCUUGCUGCUCAGGAGCUCCCCGUCACUCACAGACGGGAUCGACAGCCAGACACACGUGGAGGAUCGACCCCGUUACCUCUAUCACUCCCCUUUUCGCACGAACCCCGACCUCGAGUAUGAACGGCAACUAUCCGAUGCGCUGAUUGCCAUCGAGCGUGAAGUGUCUGCCUCGCAUGGCAACGAGGAUACGGCAGACACCCUAUGGCAGAUCAUGCUGAAGGACCGGGAUGCUCGAACCCAGGACUCGCUUCAAUUCGAGGAGAAAAACUCGGAAUGGAGAUACUCGCUGGUGACCAGCGAUUUCGCGGAUGAAUUCGUGAAGAAAACCCUCGCAUCCGUGCCCGAGCUCGCGCGUCUAUACUACGCAUACCCACACUUUGUCCUCCGCGGCGACUUGCUCCGCUACCUCAUUCUGUGGUAUUUCGGCGGCUACUAUGCCGACAUCGACGUUUACCCAGCGCGGUCCAUCAAAUCCUGCCCGUCAUUGCGCAACUCAGUCUUCAAGGAGACUGGCGUGGACCCGGAGAUCUCACUGGUGGUGGGCAUUGAAAUCGACGAGCCGUUUGCCUCGCCCCAAAAGAUGCGCGACUGGCACUGGGUCCGACGAUACGGGUUCUUGCAAUACACGAUGUAUGCUCCGCGGCGGUUCAGCCCACUACUGCGGGAAGUGAUCAUUCGGGUGUUGUCGCAUACAAAACGGCACCUCGACCAGAGCAGCUUCAUCUGGGGCGCCAAGUACAACGAGCUGACCACGCUGGAGAUCACCGGGCCAGGGGUCUUCACCGAUGCCAUUCUGGAUGCCCUGUCCGACACGCUCCCGGCCAGUCACCCGCUGAUUUCCGGGUCUGUCAAGGCCGAUGCGGGCCUGGGAGACCUGGUCCCACCGUCGUCGGGCGCCUCUGAACAGCGCGUGACGUGGGCGCCUUUCCACGGGAUCAAGGAACCGCUCUGUGUGGAUGCAUCGGACGCAAAAAAAGGGAAGCGGAUGGGCGGCCUCUGCGCGCUGCCUGUCAAUGCUUGGGGCAAUGGACAGCGACAUAGUGGGUCGGAACCGUUCAAUAGCAUCCAUGCUUGUAUCAACCAUCGGUUCAAGGGGACUUGGAAACCGUGGAAACAGGGCUGGAAGAAGAGGUAUUUUGGAUGA